AUGGCUUCAACAGUAGCGGUUGGCGUAGGCAUCGCCGCCGCAGCUUUCUUUGGCCGCGCUGGUCUUGUGGCUUUCCGCCGCUGGCGCAAUCCGAACGCCGUAAACGCUUUGGGUCGGGCUUUUUAUAAAGGCGGCUUCGAACCGAAAAUGACGAAACGAGAAGCAUCAUUAAUACUGGACCUGAGCGAACGAACGUUGACGAAAGAUAAAAUCCGAAAGAACCACAGAGCCUUGAUGCUGGCAAAUCACCCCGAUCGAGGAGGUAGCCCUUAUUUGGCGAGUAAAGUCAAUGAAGCAAAAGAAUUUCUAGAGCGCAAUGGGUGA